AUGCCUGAUCCAGCAAAGUCCGCACCAGCCCCCAAGAAAGGCUCCAAAAAAGGCGUCACCAAGACUCAGAAGAAAGAUGGCAAGAAGCGUAGAAAGAGCAGGAAGGAGAGCUAUGCCAUCUACGUGUACAAGGUGCUGAAGCAGGUCCAUCCCGACACCGGCAUCUCCUCCAAGGCAAUGGGGAUCAUGAACUCCUUUGUCAAUGAUAUCUUUGAGCGCAUCGCAGGAGAAGCUUCUCGCCUGGCUCACUACAACAAGCGCUCAACCAUCACCUCCCGGGAGAUCCAGACUGCCGUGCGCCUGCUACUACCCGGAGAGCUGGCAAAGCACGCCGUGUCUGAGGGCACCAAGGCUGUCACAAAGUACACCAGCGCCAAGUAA